AUGCUAACGGCUGACAGACUGAGCAAAUGGAACAUGAACGUGGAUACUACUUGUGUAUUCUGUAAAUGUCAACCAGAGCACCAUCAUCAUCUGUUCUAUAAUUGUUCUAUUGUCAUGGAACUAUGGUAUGACAUAUUCAAAUGGCUACAAAUUCCAGUUCCAGCUACUACAUGGAACCAGUUACUAUGUUGGUUCAUGGGGAAAGCAAAGAAGAAAACAACUGAAGGGCAACUGAUGAGAAUGGUUCUAGCUGAAACAGUGUAUAGCAUAUGGGUGGAAAGAAAUCAUAGAGUUUUUGAGAAGAUGUAUAGAGAUAGGCAAAGCAUUGUGAGAGAAAUUAUCUACAUUUGUAAUAUUAGAGCUGUAGGUAAACUCAAGGAUGUCCUACAAUACAAGUUUGUAUAG